UCCCGCGCCUCCGCCUCGCGGCCCGCUGCCGCGACUGCCAAAGUUUCUCGGUCACGUGCUGGCCCCCGGCGGCCCAAAGGAGAAGAUCCCCGAACUACGGCGACGAGGCCUGCCUGUGGCUCGCGUUGCUGAUGCCAUCCCCUACUGCUCCGCAGACUGGGCGCUUCUGAGGGAGGAAGAAAAGGAGAAAUACGCAGAAAUGGCUCGAGAGUGGAGGGCUGCUCAGGGAAAGGACUCUGGGCCUUCAGAGAAUCAGAAACCUGUUUUCACACCACUGAGGAAGCCAGGCAUGCUUGUACCAAAGCAGAAUGUUUCACCUCCAGAUAUGACAACUUUAUCUUUAAAAGGUGAUCAAGCUCUCCUUGGAGGCAUUUUUUAUUUUUUGAACAUUGUUAGCCAUGGUGAGCUACCUCCUCAUUGUGAACAGCGCUUCCUCCCUUGUGAAAUUGGCUGUGUUAAGUAUUCUCUCCAAGAAGGUAUUAUGGCAGAUUUCCACAGUUUUAUAAAUCCUGGUGAAAUUCCACGAGGAUUUCGAUUUCAUUGUCAGGCUGCAAGUGAUUCUAGUCACAAGAUUCCUAUUUCAAAUUUUGAACGUGGGCAUAACCAAGCAACUGUGUUACAAAACCUUUAUAGAUUUAUUCAUCCCAACCCAGGGAACUGGCCACCUAUCUACUGCAAGUCUGAUGAUAGAACCAGAGUCAACUGGUGUUUGAAGCAUAUGGCAAAGGCAUCAGAAAUCAGGCAAGAUCUACAACUUCUCACUGUAGAGGAUCUUGUGGUGGGGAUCUACCAACAAAAAUUUCUCAAGGAGCCCUCUAAGACUUGGAUUCGAAGCCUCCUAGAUGUGGCCAUGUGGGAUUAUUCUAGCAACACAAGGUGCAAGUGGCAUGAAGAAAAUGAUAUUCUCUUCUGUGCUUUAGCUGUUUGCAAGAAGAUUGCGUACUGCAUCAGUAAUUCUCUGGCCACUCUCUUUGGAAUCCAGCUCACAGAGGCUCAUGUACCACUACAAGAUUAUGAGGCCAGCAAUAGUGUGACACCCAAAAUGGUUGUAUUGGAUGCAGGGCGUUACCAGAAGCUAAGGGUCGGGAGUUCAGGAUUCUCUCAUUUCAACUCUUCUAAUCAGGAACAAAGAUCAAACACACCCACUGGUGACUACCCAUCUAGGGCAAAAAUUUCUGGCCAAAACAGCAGCGUUCGGGGAAGAGGGAUUACCCGCUUACUAGAGAGCAUCUCCAAUUCCUCCAGCAAUAUCCACAAAUUCUCCAACUGUGACACUUCACUCUCACCUUACAUGUCCCAAAAAGAUGGAUACAAAUCUUUCUCUUCCUUAUCUUAAUGAUGAUACUCUUUUCAAUUUCUGAAAACAAUAACAGGCCCAACUUCCUUCUUUCUACAGUCAUAUUAAACAGAUCACAUCAAUGACAAGUGUCACUACUAUAAAAAACUACUUAAUUUAUAAGGAAAUUGUUUCAUAGAUGUAAAAAAAUUGUGGUUGGAGAGCAUCUUGGCAUUUGUGCUUUUUUUCUUGAGGGAUUGUUCUGCUUCCUGGCUGUAUGAUGGGUAUAUCAUUAAAAUUUGGAGUCCUAUAUGAACAAAACUGACAUUUUUAGAGUUGUACUUUUGGGAAUGUUAGAGAUUGAUAAUUCUUCCCCCUGAUAAUAAAGGUAUUGAAUAUCUGUUAUGAAAGGUUCUAAAA